AUGGAGACCAGAGAUCCUUUUGCUUCUAUGGAAGUGGAACUAGGUAUCGCGCUAGCAAUAAUUAAACAGAGGAACCCCGUACUAUGGAAUAAAUUGACCCCAUGCUGUUAUUUAGAGAAACUCAAUCAUUCAAUUUCGCCAGAGCUAUCCAACAUCUCAACCAGUUGGAAGAAGAGAUCUAGAGAAACUUAUUCUGGACAGUCAAAAAGGCAACGGCUAGUAGAUCAUUCAGGCAACAAAAAUAAAAAUCAGGAGGCCCAGACUGUAGUAAUUCAUAAGCCGGAUAUCGUGCGGGAUAUAGAAGAUAAUCCAAACUAUGCCUCGCUUGAAGGUGCUGUAAAAUUUAUCAAGAGGAAUGCUAAGCUACCUGGUAGAAAACACAUUGCUGAGUUAAGCUCGGAGGUGAAAACGGUGUCAUCAGGGUUCAGUUCAAAGAAAGUGACGUCGUGGAUUUUACCUACGUAUAGAAGACUACGAUGGAUUUUGAUACUGCCCAAUCCUCCUUCGCAGCUUGUAGACAUGGUCCGAGCAUUUGCAAUAUUCAUAGUGAGCUACUACGCCUAUCAUUCAACUCCCGACAGUGCUUUCAGGUACGUGACAAAGACCCUCUUUUAUAAAUUCAACCUCGAAAUGUGGGAUAAAACUUUUCGAUCUUUAACAAACAGCAAAGAUGUUGGUCACCUCUUUCUUACAUGCAGGGGUUCAGAAGCAUUGAUCUGGUCGAGGCUAUGCCGUGAGCAACGACGCAUGGCAGAGAUAAUAUUAGUAACACGAUCCAGAUUUAGAAAGACAAAUACAAUGGUGGUCCGCUGUAUCUCAAACUAUAUGCAUAUUCUGGAAAGCUUGGUUAGGUGUUAUCUAAGGAUUAAACAUGAAACUGCGCUCUAUCAAUCGACCUCCAAAAGAGCAUACGAACAGAUUCACAACCACAGAACUAGGACUUUCGAUAACAAGUACGAAAUAGAAAUGAUGGAAGUCCUAGGCAGGCAAGGCGAUUCAACAAAAGAUGUUAUCGAAACAAUAGACCAAACUUUUAAAAUAUUGAAGGGAUUAGAUUGGAAGCAGAUUCAUCUUAGUAAGGUCGAUCGGCAGGAGCUGGCCUCUUACCGCAAAUAUGUGCAGAGUUCUUUGCUACUUACUGGUAACACAAACCUUAUUGCUGACUUCAGACUGGCAAUGGACGGCUUACCAAAAAUACAUGAAUGA